AUAUAUAAACCUUUCAUAUCAUUUCAAAUAUUUCAUUGCAUUGGGUUCAGUUCAUCACUGUUUCAAUGGAAUCCGUUGGCGUUCUAAUGACAUGCCCAAUGCACAGCUACAUCGAAGAAGAGCUCGCGAAGCGCUUCAACCUCUUCAAACUGUGGAACUAUUCCUCAUUGCGUUGCUUCUCCGAAGCACACGCUAAUUCGAUUCGCGCAUUGGUGGGGAACACAAAAGUUGGAGCAGACGCCAACACCAUCGAUUCGUUGCCGAAACUGGAGAUUGUGUCCACAUACAGUGUCGGAUUGGACAAGAUUGACCUCAAAAAAUGCAGAGAAAAGGGUAUUCGUGUGACCAACACGCCCGAUGUGUUGACCGAUGAUGUCGCCGAUGUUGCCAUUGGCCUUGCCUUGGCUGUCGUGAGAAGGAUUUGUGAGAGCGAUCGCUUUGUCAGAAAUGGGCUCUGGAAAAAUUCCGAUUUUCAAUUGACCACUAAGUUUAGUGGUAAAGCAGUUGGAAUUGUUGGCUUGGGAAGGAUAGGUUCGACAAUAGCAAAGAGAGCUGAAGCUUUUGGGUGCCCAAUUAGUUACCACUCGAGAUCUGAAAAACCAGAGACAGGAUACAAGUACUACGCUAGCAUUCUAGACUUGGCAGCUAACACUGAAAUACUUGUUGUGGCAUGUGCCCUUACUGAAGAAACCCGUCACAUUGUGAAUCGUCAAGUUAUUGAUGCAUUGGGCUCAAAAGGAAUUUUGAUCAAUAUUGGGCGAGGCCAGCACAUUGAUGAGCCCGAACUUGUGUCUGCAUUGAGAGAAGGACGAUUAGGUGGGGCAGGGCUUGAUGUGUUUGAGGAUGAGCCAUAUGUGCCUGAACAGCUACUCGGCCUUGACAAUGUUGUGCUGUCCCCUCAUGUGGGCAGUGACACCGUGGAAACUUGCAUGGAAAUGGCAGAUCUUGUCAUUGCAAACUUGGAGGCACACUUCCUCGGCAACCCACUUUUGACUCCAGUGAUUUGA